CAGAAGUGCCCAGCGAGGACGCGGCAGAGCAGCGGGAACCACCCUGACUCGAGGCUUCCCUAGGCUCGCAAGACCCUGAGCCCUGGGCCAGCUCCUCCCUCUCUUUGAGAGGCCUCUAACGUCUGCCCUGCCGAGACCUUCUGAGCCGCAGAGCGGAUGGAGGACCCCUACAGCCCGGACACUUGGCUUUUCAGGGCUCUAGGGACGCGAAUCUCACGUCACUACCAGAAACCUACCCCAGGCAGGGGCUCCAAGAUGAAUGUUUUCUGACCAGCCCCGGCCCCUGCCAUUCACAUUUAGCCUUUGGUUAUCUGGCUAAUGCGAGCCAAUGAGAGAUGAUAAAAUUAAUACUUCCGCUUUCUAAGACGCUAAAGAGCCACUGUUCCCGCCUUUCGGAUACUCUGAUUGGUCGCCCUCCUUCAACUGGCCAGCUUAUUGGACAGCGCCGCGAGGCUGAGGUCCAGCUGGGACUGAGGGCUGUGUCACACAGCAGGCCCGCUGCCAUGGCGUCUUAUUUCGAUGAACACGACUGCGAGCCAUUGAACCCCGAGCAGGAUGCCCGAACCAACAUGCUGCUGGAGCUCGCAAGGUCCCUUUUCAAUAGGAUGGACUUUGAAGACUUGGGGUUGGUAGUAGAUUGGGAUCACCACUUGCCUCCACCUGCUGCCAAGACUGCAGUUGAGAACCUCCCCAGGACAGUCAUUAGGGGCUCUCAGGCUGAGCUCAAGUGCCCCGUGUGUCUUUUGGAAUUUGAGGAGGAGGAGACUGCCAUUGAGAUGCCUUGCCGUCACCUCUUCCAUUCCAACUGCAUCCUGCCGUGGCUGAGCAAGACGAAUUCCUGCCCCCUGUGCCGCCACGAGCUGCCCACCGAUGAUGACACCUAUGAGGAGCACAAACGAGAUAAGGCUCGCAAGCAGCAGCAGAAGCACCGACUUGAGAACCUCCACGGAGCCAUGUACACUUGAGGCAGCGGGGACCGCACACCAGUCCACAGCAUCUUCCUCUCGCGCCUCGAAUUCUCAUUAAAGGUUUCUUUACGCA